GUCCAAUACCGACCUUCCUGUGCGACUCUCCUCCGAGUCUGCAGAGUACCACGGCGUGCAUGCACAGUCGCCGCUAGUCUAACACUUGAGGUCGAGCCAUGGCAAGCCCACCCGAUCCCUCCAGCUCACGACCGCUGUCGUCUUCACGAUCUCUUCACGGUUCGCAAUCUAUAUUCCCCGGAACAAGCAAUUCACGGCCAUUUCUUCACAUGCUGAAUCCCAUGGGAAGGACCUAUCAGGGCUACGUACCAGCGAACCAGUCCGUACUAGAAGAAGGGGAAGAAGAUAACGCGGACGGGGACCAUGACCUCGAGGCCGGCCAUGCGACCCGCAGUACAAUGUCGCGCUCUACCAAGGCGAAGUCCAAUGGAAAGCGGCGCGUGGCAUGGGGUGGAGACAAAUCAGAGAUGAAUGCACUGAGGCCGAACGUCCGGCAGGCCGACCCGAAGCAGGACGAGGACUCGAGGCAGCCACUGUACUCGAACUCGAGAAGGCACGUACCUCCUGCGCUGCCCACUACAACCUCGAAUGGGAUACCUGUGUCCAUCCCUCCACGACCCUCAGAACUCGACGUGGACGAUACGCCACCGUCUGAACCUCUCUAUGAACAACCACAAAAGAUGCGCGGUCUCGACGCCCAUGAGCGCGCACUGUGGAACUGGGUCAAUGUGUACAACCUUGAUGCGUUCCUGCAAGAGGCGUACUACUACUAUGAGGGCAAGGGCAUCUACAGCAUCGCAUUAUCUCGAGGGUUGAAUCUCCUCACAGCCGGGUUCGUCAUUGGCUUCUCAACAUUUCUGCUGGGAUGCGUAGACUACUCCCGCAUACGACCGGAUAAGGUCACACGAUUAGGCAACGUCAUCGUAGACCGCUGUGUCUCGAGAUUCUCGGGCUUCACCUUUCUGUUCUUCCUCCUGUUCACUGCAUUCUUCGCGUGGCAACUCGUCAACUAUGCCUUAGGGAUUCUGCGGCUCGUGGACAUGUACAGAUUUUACACCUACCUCCUGCACAUCCCAGAUGCGGACAUUCAAACCAUCUCUUGGCCAGAGAUUGUACGGCGCAUUGGCGCGAUACGCGAAGACAAUCCAUUGACGGCACUGUCAUCUACAGGCGCAGGUCAGUCAGUGACCGCCAAGCUUGAUGCGCACGAUGUAGCAAACCGUAUCAUGCGGCAGGAGAACUACCUCAUCGCCUUGUUCAACAAGGAGCUUCUGGACCUCCGCGUGCCACUGCCGUCCCUCCUAGAACGAUUCGUUGACUCUCCUGAAGACGGCAAGGGACGGGUGCUCACAAGAGCGCUUGAGUGGAACCUACGGUUUUGCUUGAUGGAGUACCUCUUUGACGAGAGUGGGAAAGUGAGGAAAAUGUUCUUGAAGUCAAAGAACCGAGCAGUCCUGAUCGAAGGGCUAAGGAGACGGCUCAUCUUCAUGGGAAUCUUGAACGCAAUCUUCGCACCGUUCAUCGUCCUGUACCUGAUCAUGUACUCGUUCUUCCGAUACUUCGAGGAGUACAAGAACAAUCCUUCGAACAUCGGUGGCCGACGCUACACGCCUUUCGCGCAGUGGAAGUUCCGCGAGUUCAACGAGCUGCCGCAUCUCUUCAAACGUCGCCUCAACGAGUCCUACCCAAGCGCGACGAUGUAUAUCGGACAGUUUCCAAACGAGAAACUUACGCUGAUCGUUCGAUUCGUCGCUUUCAUUGCGGGGUCUUUCGCGGCUGUGCUCUUGCUUGCGUCUGUAAUCGAUCCUGACCUCUUUCUUCAUUUCGAGAUUACGCCUCACCGUACUGUCCUCUUCUACAUCACCAUCUUCGGUUCCAUACUGGCUGUGGCACGAGGAAUGAUCCCGGAGGAGACCCGCGUCUUCGACCCGGAGCUGCUCAUGACAGACGUGAUACAGUACACUCAUUACAUGCCGGACGAGUGGAAGGGCCAGCUGCAUUCCAAGAAGGUGCACGAGGAGUUCGGCGAACUGUUCGCGAUGAAGGUCAUGAUCUUCGCGCAGGAGCUGCUGUCGGUCAUCCUCACGCCGUUCGUAUUGUGGUACUCGCUGCCGCCGUGUGCGCCCGCUAUCGUGGACUUCUUCCGCGAGUUCACCGUCCACAUCGACGGCCUCGGCUACGUGUGCAGCUUCGCAGUGUUCGAUUUCCAGCGGCAUGGUAACAUCAAGUUCGGCGCCCCCACGCAAGUCCAAGACGAGCGUCUGAUGUCCAAGGAGGGCAAGAUGGAGAAGAGCUUCCUGAACUUCAAAGCUGCCCACCCAGAGUGGAUGCCCGCCGAUCCCACAGGCUCGCUUUACCUCAGCCGCAUCGCCGACUUCAGCACUGCGCACCCUAUCGGGCUCGGCCGUCGCCGGCUCCUCCGCCGACCAUCGGAUACUGGUGCUCCUGCCUUGGGUCAGUUGCAGGAGAGUCAGGGCGGCCUGGAUGCAACGCUGCAGGAUCCGCGCCAGAGCGUGAUGGCAAGGAGACGCGGCGGAGGGAGUACACUGUUGCAGAGCACGCGCGGGCCCGGAUUUGGGUCACUCGCAGUGGGUGGAGGCGCGGUUACGGGCGCGUCGACCAUCUUCCAGAGCGCGGCUGGGCUUGACAUGGCGCAGACUGUCGCGCUGGGAGACUCGCAGGGGAGCAUCAUGCCGCUACCUCCGUCUGCACGGGCGACCCAGGGCACCGUGAAGGACACGAUACCCGAGGAGGAGUUCGCUGAGGACGGCGGCGUGGGCAGUGGGCUGGGCGAGUCAUACGUUGACACGCGGAGGCGUACGUCGAGCAGCCAGGUUAGGGAGGAAGAGGAGGAGGAAGAUAUGGCUGAUGGUGGUGUGCUUGGGCUGUUGGCGCAGAUCUACGGCGCUGGUGCGGAUGUGAAGGGACGGGGGAGGGGUCCACCGAGGGCGAUUUGAGCUGAUCUAGUACGUAGGCACUUACGGGACUCACGAGCUUGAUGUCAUGAGCUACGCUGGAAAUGAUCAUACAUAUAUACUUAGCUGUGCAUUGGGUCAAGCUUCUCCUGUUCGUCAGCUCGCCGGCUCGCGGA